AUGUUCCAGCUAACAAUCUUAAUUCUAGCAGUGGGAUUUCUAGUGUAUCAAUUAUGUACAUUAUACAAAUCUAAUAAACAAAACUCAAUUAAUCCAAUUCUUCAAAACAUUACAGCAAUAGAUUCCAAGUUCCAAUGGCAAAACCAAACUCCAUUAAAGAUUAGACCAUUUGUUGGUAAAACAAAUUUUAAUCCUUCAAUGGGAAUAAAAAAAAUUUCUCAUAUUCCUAAUGAAUGGCUAUUAAUUGAAGAUACAUAUUUAAAAUGUACUUCUUUAAAACAACAAUCAUUAAAUUCAAAUCCUAAUCAAACUAUGUAUAUAUGUAAUGAUCCAAGUUCAAUUAAUGCAUUAAAAGAAUUUUAUGAUUUAGUUUUUGAGUUUUAUAUUAAAAGAUAUCCUCAAUAUUUCAUAUAUAAUAAAUCAUUAAAUGAAGUUACAAAUGCAAUUAACGGGUUUAAAUUCAAACUUAACACUAAACAUCUAACUCCAAAACAAAUGUUAAUUAAUUUAGGUUCAAAUAUGGAAGAAGAUUUUAUAUUAAUGUUGAAACCUCAAGAUUCAAAAAAUAAGUCAGAAGAAGAAUACAUAUUAAAAAGUACAAUUGUUGGUUUUCCAGCUGGUUUUGAUGCAUCAGAAUUAUUUAAUAAACCAAUUUCAUUUAUUCAUAAUCCUGUACCACAAUAUACUCAAAGAUUAAAACCAUCAAUGAAUAAAUUUUUUAAUAAUUUAUCAAAAAAGGAUUUAUGGAUAAGAUUUAAUUGGUCAAUUCAAACUCAUUCUAAUUAUUUUACAUUAUCUAAUCAUGGAAGAAUUGGUGAUAAACCACCUGAAAAAUUAAAACGUAAUGAAAUUGAUUUUAAAAAUGGCUGUUUUUUAAGAUGUGAGAGACAAAUAUUAUUUAGAUUACCUAAAUCUAAUGCUAUAAUUAUGACUACGAGAACUUAUUUAACAAGUUUAUUUCAAAUUAAAAAAGAAGGAUUAAGUAAAGAUUUGAUAUUUGGAAUACGUUCAUUGCCUGAUGAUUUAGCAUUUUAUAAGAAAAGACAUGUUUGGGAUGAUGCAGUUAUUGAAUAUUUAUCAAGAGAAGAGGACAAAGAAGAACAACUUGAAAAACCGUGA